AUGCAUAACUCCUGUCACGAAAGUGACAAUGACUCUUUCUGGCCUCGGGCUUACAGUAAAGACUCCGAGAUCCCAUUUACCCCGGAUGGGAAUUCACCACUAAUUGAUACAAACGUUGAAAGGGUCAAAGGAACCCUCGGUCGUUUCAAUGGCCUCAGAUGCGUUCGAAAAACAAUCAUUGAUCACCAAGCCGAGGUUGGGCCCUCACAACUUGCGAAAAAACGCAAAUUAGCGCAAGAAGCAAAAAUCCUCCAUUUUGCCAAACAUCACCAUGUCGUCGAGCUGGUUCACACGUAUUUCGUGGAGGAAAAGGCUGAUCGGAUUAUAUUUUCUGUCGUGAUGGAGCGUGCCGACGCCAAUCUGGAUGACUUUCUCAAGCCUGGGAGCCAACCAAGACUUCAAUGGUUUGGCUGCCUUAUUAAUGUGAUAUGCCACAUACACGGCUCUGGUAUACGUCACCGAGAUAUCAAGCCCUCAAAUAUUUUGCUAAAAGGCGACAAGGUUCUUCUUGCUGACUUUGGUCUGUCUCUAAUGGGGUUAGGUAAGACUAUACCAACCACUUAUCAAAACCGGCGCCCUGGAAGAACGAAGGAAUACUGUGCUCCGGAAGUUGAGAACGGGAGUACGCGUGGCCGAUCUGCAGACAUCUUCUCUCUAGGAGCUGUCUUUCUUGAAAUGCUUCUAUCUCAAGCUCAGCCCGCAAGCCUGAAAAAGCUCCAGGUGAUCUUGAAGUCAUCUUCUGAGGAGGGAUCAUCAUACGCCAAGCAUAUUGAUCAAGUCCACAAGUGGAUGAUGGAGAGCCUUCAGUUGACAGGCUGGCAGAACGAUAUUGUGUCGCUCUGUCAAAGAAUGCUUGAUCCAGACCGAGCCAAGCGUCCUAAAGCUGGGCAUAUCUCUUCAGAAUUAUCGAAGCUUCUGGUUUCGGACGAACCUGUUCAUUGCACGUGUACUGCAGACUUGGUCCUUACUGAAGACGACAAGCUAGUCAAAGCUUGCAAAGCGCGUUCUGAGGACGAGGUUAAACGCGCACUGAAGCAAGGAGCCGACCCGAACACCUUGAAUACAAUCCAUUACGCAGCGGAGAACGGUUCCGUGAAUAUCGUGGGCUUGCUCCUGGAACAUGGGGUAGAUGUCGACACUCCGAAUCCGACUGGUCAAACGGCAUUGCAAUGUGCUGCCCGAAACGGGUCCGAGGACGUGGUCAAGUUUCUACUACAGAAGGGAGCUGAUGUCAACGCUAGAGAUGAGAAUGAUCACACUGCACUUCAUGGAGCUGCGGGACAAGACAACAGCGAUAUAGUCAAGAUGCUACUUGACGCCGGGGCCGAUCUUGAUGCCGAAGACCUCGAUGGAAACGUUGCAAUAGACUUUGCAGAGAGAAGAAAGCUGGAGGAAAUAAUUGAUAUACUAGAAAACCAUCAGAUAGACGACGCAUAA